UAAAACACAUCUGAGAGAUUCACUCUGCAGUCGUCGGAUUUAUUUAAGUUUAAUUUUUGUAUUAUUUCGUAAUAACACUAUUGCAACAAUAUUGCUUUAAGCAAGGAAAAAAUAAUACUAAUUUUACAGCAACAGCAACAACAACAAUAAUAUUAAUUAUAACAAAAAUAAAGCUAGAGAAUAUCACGUACAUGAACAUUGCGCAAACGGAGUAAACAAACUGUUUUUGUUUUUUUAUACAUAAAUAUAUCUAUGUAUAUUUUUUGUUCUGUUCUACGCCAAUUCGCGCUUUGUUCCACAUAAAUAUCAGCUAAAUUAAAAACAAAAACAUAAAAACAAAAAAAAAAAGCGAAAAACAUAACAAAGUUUUCACAAAACAAAAAAGUUUCAAGAAAGUGCAGUUGCAGUGCAUUAAAAGUGUAGAUACAAGCUUCCAUGCAACGUGUGUGCCCAAUGAAAAUUUAUGGAACUGUGUUAAGUGUGCACUAAAUAGUAAUAUGUGUACAGCUAUUCGUAUAUGCAUAUAAUAAAAUAUAGAUAUAACAUAUAUGCAUAAAUAAAUACAUACAUACAUGUGUGUAUAUUGUAUGUGCACAUACAUAAAUUUUUUAUUGUACACCAAAAGUUUAUAACACUGUUUUGGAUUAAAGUAUUGCAAUUGCCACUUCAUGCGACAGUUUCCUAGAAUGCUGAUGUUGCAGUACAGCAAGCAUGGAGAGUGUAUACUCAAAGAAAUUGGAGCCGCAUUCCGUGGAGAACACCCAGCCGAUCUGACAAUAGUUUGUGAAAACAGAGUUAAACUCCAUGCACAUAAACUUGUAUUGGCAGCUGCAAGCCCACUCAUAAGAACCCUAUUGGAGGACACGCAACUUUCCGACUGCGCGACCACAGUUUAUUUCCCAGAUGUGAAUGCUACAUAUUUUAAAUUCCUGCUGGAUUUUCUAUAUUCCGGACAAACUUGCAUAACAUCGCGAGAUGUUAACUAUUUACAUGAUCUAUUGUUGUUGUUGCAAAUUAAAUCCGACAAUUGGAAGACUACUGACUCAGCAAUACUAAGCAGUAAGUGCAGUAAUUUGCGUGAACGCUUGAACAGCGACUCCAAUGGCAACGGAAAUGGCAAACAGCAUAUGUAUUGUUCAACAAAGCUAGAGCAUUCCUAUAGCCCCGAUUUAGAUGGUAGCGAUGAUAUAAAAAAAUGCUCGGAUGGUUCUAAGGAUUCCGAUACCAUAAAGGAAGAUCCGGGCAGCCCUAAGUGUUCAUUAGAUGAUAAUAUAAAUAAAGAUUUGAAAGAGGUUAGUAGCCCCUCGACCAGUGAGCAAGAUGCAUUUACCGAUGCCCAGCUCAAUACAGCCAAUAAGAAUAAUAUACCUUCAUUAAAUCCCGUUAAUUUAUCAUUGGAUUUACGAUGUAAACAUGAAAGUAGUACAAGAAAAUUAUCAUAUACGGACAAAAAUAUUUUCAAUACGGAUAGUUCAUCGUUUAACGGCACGGAAAGUAUAAAACGUAAAGGAUUUUUCUUUGAUUCCGAUAAAGAUGUUGCCAAAUCCCUACACGAUCCAGAUUUGAAUAAUUCACCGGAAAAUUAUGUGGUAACACCGCAUCGGAAACGAAGACCAGGCUUUCAUCAUUCCUCCAGUCAUAAUCAACCGUUUGCAUCAUCAUAUCAGCAUACAUUAAUCGAUGAAUUACGCUCCGCGAAAACAGACUCAUCGCCAAUAUCAUCGUACAUGUCCGAUCGUAAAUUGUUAUCACCACUCGAGGAAGGACUUUUAGGCAGCUCAGAGGUAUUGCCGAAAAACCGUAAAUUCAUUGAAAAUCAAAGACCCCGACCACAAAGCCCCGACGCCGCACUACACAUCCCUCCACAAUUCGCAUACCAAUGGCAAUCGACACAAAAUCCUGCCAUAACCAACUUCUCAAAGCUACAAUCCGGUCUCGGUAGCAUACCACAGAUAGGCGUCGGUGGUGGCGGUGGCGGUGGCAUAGCCGGCGGUGGCAGUGCCGUCGAUGCUGGCAAUCAUGAUACACCAGGAAGUGUUCGAGAUCCCCCAUCCAAUAAUUCGAAUAUAUGCGGCACACAUAAUACGGCACGCGAAUAUCGUUGCGAAUACUGUGGCAAACAGUUCGGUAUGUCAUGGAAUUUGAAAACACAUUUGCGCGUACAUACGGGCGAGAAGCCGUUCGCUUGCCGCUUAUGUGUUGCUAUGUUCAAACAGAAGGCCCAUCUAUUGAAACAUUUGUGUUCGGUUCAUCGAAAUGUAAUAACGACGACAAAUGGUGCUGAGACCGAGAAUCGAUUCAGUUGCUGUUUUUGUUCCAUGUAUUUCGAAUCAGUACAAGAGUUAGUGAGGCAUUUAUCGGGACACCACAAUAAUUUGCUGCUAACGAAAAAUCUACGCGAAUAAAGAAUGCAAGCAAAGCUUAAAUUAUUUUUAAUAAAUUUACAUGCAUACAUACAUACCUACAUACUUGAUUACAUGAACACACACACACGCA